AUGAGCAUCGCGGGUCCGCUGUACCGUCGCACGCCGCGGCUAUUUCACCGCAGCAAGCCAGGGGAGUGGAGCUUGGUCUGGUGUGAGCUGUCGCUAGCGCAGGGCGAGCUGCUCGUGGCGCUGGAUCCCAGUGGACGCAGUCGCAUCGCUUUGAUUCCCGUCCAGGCGUGUGAACUCGCCCAUGUCCGGAGUGACGGUCGUGAUUGUAUUGAAUUAACGAUCAAUCGGGGCAAAAAAGAGACGUUUUCGUCGCACGAGUCGAGUCACGAUGUGGAUUGGUGGAUGACGGCGUUGAUCACAGUGAAGAGGGACUUGCAGCGAGGCGUGAUGCCGCACAUUUCAUUGGUCACGCCGCCAGUAUUGGAGCCAGCAUCGAGACCGAAACACAUGCGGCGUCCGUCGUCGCAAUUGAGUCUGAAUCUAAACUUGUCGGGAAAUGCAAGCACGUCGAGUGGAGCAGGAAUGGGACGACCGACGUUGCGACGACGGAAACCAGCGCUGGCGACGUGUGAGACGCUGUUUGAACGCUUUACAAUCUACGAGACGCCAUUGAUGUAUUUUAUUGUGUGCUCGGAUCGCCAUUAUUCACGCUUUCGAAUGAUUGAGCUGGACCGGACGGUAGAGCAACCAAAAAACUUGGAGCAAGUGUUGAAGGAAGACAAGCGUCUGUACGACUGGGAGCAAAUGGAAGCGAGACUGCAAGCACUGGCCGAGCUUGCGCGUGUUCAAGGCACUGGCGAUUUGGAGAGAGCGUUUACAGCUGUGGCGAUGGUCGGGUGUAUCCGCUUCUUGCGCGGCUACUACUUCAUUUUCGUCACACAAAGACGAAAGAUUGGUAACAUUGGAGGCAAUUCGAUUUACGGCAUUUCAGCCACGCAACAACUGAAUGUCAAUCGUUCUGGAGAAGAACAGACUGCGUGGACCCGACUCAACCGUUGGUUCAACACGAGCCCAAAAGAAGAAGCUGAGGCACGGUACCUUGGACUUUUCCAUUUUCUGGAUCUCACUAAGGACUUUUACUUCAGCUACUCGUACGAUGUCACACAUACAUUGCAGCACAACAUGACAACUGAACAGUCAGAGCCAGCAGAAAUGUUUACAUGGAAUUACUAUCUGACCCGAGAGCUGAGCAUUUGCUUGAAUGGUGGUGCCGCUGCUGACUUGAUUGUACCGUUGGUUCUUGGCUGCUAUGAGCAGCGCAAAUGCUCAGUAUUCGGUCGUCUCGUUAGCAUCGUGCUACUUGCUCGUCGAUCCCGCCACUUUGCCGGCACGCGCUACUUGAAACGUGGGGUGGCUGACACCGGCAAAGUUGCGAAUGACGUUGAGACGGAGCAGAUUAUUGAAGAUGAGAGCAUGGGCCCUGGAAAGUUCAGCUCAUUUGUACAGCAUCGUGGGUCCAUUCCUGUGUUUUGGUCGCAAGAAACGUCUGCGACGUUACCAAAGCCACCCAUCGUGCUCAAUCGUGUUGAUCCAACGUAUAGCGCGACGCAAAAGCACUUGGCCGACUUGUUCUCGCGAUACGGUUCACCUGUCGUAGCUCUCAAUCUUGUGAAGCAGUCAGAGAAAAAGGAGCGCGAAGUUAUCGUGGGCAACGAGUACAUGAAUGCCGUGGAAUACCUCAACAGCUUCAUGCCACCAAAACACCGCGUGCGGUAUGUAGCGCUUGAUUAUUCUCGAUUGUCCGGGCCCAAACAGAAAGGUCUCAACGUGCUGCAUUCACUCGAUAAAGUGGCAGUUUGGGCACUCACACAGACCGGGUUCUUUUGUAGUGCACCAAAGCGACAAAUUAGCCAGAACGGUAAUAUGUGGACGGCUCAGACAUUUUCCCCGAGCUCGCCCGCCGAGCCGUGGGACGCACAUAUCACAGCAAGUAAAGUCCAAUCGAGAAGAGAAGCUGACGAUGAAGUGCCUUGGACUGAUUCACCCUUAUCUCCUACCAUUACGAGAAACUCUGGGGAGUGGCUGGAGCAACGCGGCAUCCUCCGAACGAACUGCAUCGACUGCUUGGAUCGCACGAAUGUGAGUCAGUUCAGUGUUGGAAUGCGCGCCCUAGGUCAGCAGCUGUAUGUGAUGGGUAUCAAGAACACGCCACUGUUGGAAAGUCGUUCGCAGCUGGUUCUCGUUCUGAUGAAGCUGUAUUCUCUCAUGGGUGAUGCAAUCUCGAUGCAAUACGGUGGAUCAGAAGCGCACAAGAACGUGAAAAAUAGUGCUACUCGCGAAAAUGUCAAGCACCGCGAACUUCUAACAUCCAUUCGCCGCUACUACAGUAAUUCGUUUACAGAUACAGCGAAGCAGGAUGCGAUUAACAUUUUCCUCGGGCACUUUGUGCCUACAGAAGAUGCGCCUCCACUUUGGGAACUGGAUUCCGAUUACUACUUGCACAAUUUCGAGGUUCGAAACGGUAUGGCUGCAUGCGAAAACGUCCGCCGCAACCUUGCUCUUCAUGCCGAAAAUAAACGAAAAGCGUUUGGCGAAUUGUAUCGAAAGCCACCGACCCAGCUAUCGUGCUGCUCGUCGUCGGGAGUUUUGGAAGAUGGCAACAAUGAUGGCGUCGGCGACGAAUCUUCGCGCGAACGUGCUUUAGUUUCGGCGACUCGAGAUCAGGCAAAGCGUGAUGUGUAUAUUCGUGAGUGUAGGCGAGUGCUAGAUGACUGGUGGAAGGGGUCGUUGGAAGCGUUUGAGCAGCCUAAGUAUUGUCUGCCAUCGAUGGAGAAAUUACCUCGUGUACCUGACGAGGUUGGGCAAAGGGAAUGCAAACAAGAACUCAGCAGUAGUUUCGAUGAUUUACAGCAGCGUACAGCAGAUAGCCGAAACGCGUCACCUCAACCUCCCUUUUCUGACGAUUUUCUGCAUAUGUAUCAUCCUGAAGAACUGACGACGUUUGACAAGGUGCUGGGGUACAAAUUCAUGCUUCCGAUGGAGAUUUCCGACGAGAUAAAUGAGAGAGACAAGCGGCGAUCCGACAGUACUGUUGUGGCACAUCUGACAUCGGUCCCGUCAUCGUCCUCUAUCUUUGGCUUAGCGCGCGGAGAUGAAGAAAGCAUCUCCGCCUACGAGCAGGCUACUCGGCAAGGGCAAGCAAUGAAGGGCACUCGAUCUUUUCGAAGCAUGAGUGCUCCUGAUGUUGGAGAAGAUGUGAGGAACCAGCCCCACUCUAACCGAAGAGCGUGCAGUAGUGGCCGUGAGGAGAAACACGACAAUCAGAAUGAUUACACAAGUGCUAGUACCUCUGAAUCUCAUCGAGCUUCCCGAUCUGCACUAGCGGAUGCCAUAAACAAGUACGGAGGUCACGGGUCUGCAGCACUCAAGACUGUGGUGAAACACAAAGACGACCAGAUCAGCAUCGAAGACUAUGUGUUAAGCAGAGGGUGUCGCAUGUUUGUUGGUAAUUGCUCGACGCCUGCGCCAGACCCGAUUUACCAACAGUACGUGCUUGGAAAGGAAUCUCCGCAGAUAUGGGAAAACGACAACGAUGGUGUUAAGAUGUACUUUGAGGCGUACAUGCGAGACAAUUGCAUCAGUCCUGAUGAUGCCCGCAGCCUUCGUGACGCGCAGACUCGAGCUGGUGCGACCUUCACGCUUCAAGCUGGUCCGUAUUCGGGACUGGAACAAAAUGUGAAGGCCCGGGUGUUGGUCGCGAAGAAGCUUAAAACCGACUAUGAAGAUCGAAAAAUGUUUGAAGAGUCUGUGGACCUAAAGAAACUUGUGAAAACCGGAGAAGCAUCAGUUCCUUCAGAGAGCCUUGAGUUGUACAAGACCUUCUUUGACGAAGAGCUGCCGGCUGUGGAGAUCUAUCGACCUACGAAAGAGGCAACACCACCAGUAUCGAUGCUACAAAUGGCAGACGAUUCGACACCGCCGGUGACAUCGGCGUCAGUCUUAUCUUCCAAACUGGAUUCACGUAUGCAGCAGUUAUCGCUGGACAAGCGAAGCCGUACUCGAUCCAGCGGUGGAGAUUUGAUACCGGUGGGUCCUCUUUUCAAGAUGGAUGGUGGAAAAGACAGUGACUUCAUCGUUUUUAACGAAGCGGCGGCAGAAAACUCGUUUGGCGAGGUGACGCAAAACGAAACGGAACUGUCGUUUUACUCAAAGUGA